AUGAAACGAUCAAUAGCAGUUGCAGAGCGGUCUCUGCGUAGUUCGCAGGGCUUUCGUAAAGCACGACCGGGAUCGAUAUGUGCGAGCUGCCAGCGGAGAUGGAAGUCGGUAUCUCAAAGGCCAGGUUCGGAUCGUGUUCAAUUCCCCGGUGCGGUCAACUCCCGCUUCACGACAGACCUCAAGUUCUCCCGGGCAACAGAGGAAGAUGCUAUGCCAACGUUUCGCGUACUGGACCAAGAAGGGAAGCUUGUGGACAAGACACGUGAAGAGCUAGAUAUUAGCGAUGAAGAAGUGCUACGGCUAUACAAGGACAUGGUCAGCGUAUCGAUCAUGGACCUGAUCAUGUUCGAUGCUCAACGGCAAGGCCGCAUAACUUUUUAUAUGGUAUCUGCUGGUGAGGAAGGCAUUGCUGUUGGCAGUGCCAGUUCUUUGAAUCCUCGAGAUCCAAUAUUUGCGCAGUACCGGGAGACUGGCAUAUUCCAAUAUCGAGGCUUCACGCUGGAUGACUUUAUGGCACAGCUCUUCGCAACAAAGGAUGACACGGGAAAGGCACGAAAUAUGCCAGUGCAUUAUGGUAGUAGGAAAUUCAACGUCCACACGAUCAGUAGCCCGCUCGCGACCCAAAUCCCUCAUGCCUCCGGAGCAGCGUAUGCGAUGAAGAUGCAAAACCAGCAGAAUCCGACAGAAGAUCCUCGAGUGGUUGCAUGCUAUUUUGGUGAAGGUGCUGCGUCUGAGGGCGACUUCCAUGCUGCCCUGAACAUUGCUGCAACAAGAGGUUGCCCAGUUUUGUUCAUCUGCCGAAACAAUGGGUAUGCGAUCAGCACACCCACUUUGGAGCAGUAUCGAGGAGACGGAAUUGCUUCUCGUGGUGUUGGCUACGGCAUCGACACCGUUCGUGUCGACGGGAAUGAUAUCUUGGCCGUUCGCGAAGUGACCAAGAAAGCUCGGGAUCUGGCGCUCAAAGAUGGUGGUCGGCCUGUCCUGAUAGAGGCCAUGAGCUAUCGAGUGUCCCACCAUAGCACAUCUGACGAUUCAUUUGCGUACCGCGCCAAAGUCGAGGUGGAGGACUGGAAGCGAAGGGACAAUCCAAUAACUCGCUUGCGCAAAUGGAUGGAAGGCAAGGGCCUUUGGAACGAAGAGAAAGAGAAGGAGCUCCGAAGCGACUUGCGGAAGCAGAUAUUGACCGCGUACCGUAAAGCCGAAAAGGAGAAGAAGCCGGCGCUCGCAGCCUUGAUGAGCAACGUUUAUGCCGAGCCAACCGAAGAGCAGAUUGAACAGAUGAACGCACUGAGGAAGGUCAUCCAGAAAUAUCCCAAUGAGUACGAUGUGUCAGAGUUCGAAGGCGGGCUCGAUGGGCUCACUUUCGAAAAAAGAUAGAAAUGAUAGCCUGAGCCAAAUUAAAGGAUCGCUCCGCAACUCACUACAGUUAGAUGCUGCCAAGAAUGACCAGAUGAGCGUGGACUGCACACACCGGGCAAGUCAUGUGCUCUUGUAUAAGGUU